ACUUUUAACAGGACCAUGUGUUGUUAUUCUACGCCACCGUCAACGCCUGUGAAGAAGCAUAAAGAACGUCAAAGACCGAAACUCCUUUCUUGUCUUCUUGCUUUCUUCGCCAUCUUUACUUUCAGAGCACGACGAUCAAACUCGAACUAAUUCUCAAAAACCCAAUAUGAAGUCGACGAGUGUUAUUAGACUCCUCCUCCUCGCUUUUCUUCUUCUUGCUUCACCUUUCUACCAAGCUGCUUUGUGCCAGUCGAAUUCGGAAGAUUCUGGGUUUGAAGUUUCCGAUUCUGGAGAAGAAGAGAGUGAUGCAGAGGAAGUGUUUGGCUUGGAGCUUACCUCAGCUCCUGGGAUUGAAACCCUUUGCGUUUUUCCCAAAAACAGUGCAAAAAUAAUCAAAGCUGGACAUGAAACUGAGCUGCUUGUUGGAAUGAAAAAUGAUGGUCAAUCCAAUGUUGAUAUCGUUGCGGUUAGAGGAAGUUUGCAUCUUCCUUUUGAUCAGAAGCCUCUGGUUCAGAAUCUCACCGCUCUGAGCUUUGGCAACGCAUCUGUGCCAACUUCGGCUCAAGCUACCUUCCCAUACACUUUUGCAGUCAGCAAGUUCCUACAGGCGGGUGCUUUUGAUCUAGUUGGCACCAUCAUCUAUGAGAUAGAUGGUAAGCCAUAUCAAAGCACGUUUUACAAUGGAACCAUCGAAGUUGUUGAAGACGGUCCUCUCUUUAGGAUGGAGUCAGUCUUCCUUUGUGGCCUUUUACUUUUGGUUAUCACUCUUCUUAUCAUCUAUAUCCAAAAUAAUAUGAAGCAUUUGACCAAGAAAACAAAGAGAGCAUCAAAAGUUGAAGUUGGAACUGCAACUAAAGAUGCGUCGCUUGAUGAAUGGCUUGAGGGCACUUCGUACGGUCAUAAGUCAAAGAAGAAGAAGUAGAUUAGAGCAAAUCUCACAUGCUUUUGUCUGUAUCUUUGGGGACUUGUAAAACCAAGAGCACACGAACGCUACUAACGUUACACAUAGAGAGAGAGUUUUUGGUAGAGAUCCUUCUUCCUUUGUAACUUGUAACUUCACAGAGAAUCUUGACUGCUUGUUUUUUUCUUCUUUUUUUUUUUGGGUCAGUGACUGCUUGUUUUCUUCUACAGUUCUACUUAUAAAAA